AACGCCACUAUGCCAGACAUGUCGAGAGUUCCACGAGGUGGCCCGCACCGCGCCAGCCAAACAGUCACCCCAGGCCCGAAUUCACAGUUACGUCGACGGGCAUCAUCGACUCCCUUCCUGGCCUUUAAUAAAAAGGGGACUGCAAGAAAGUCACCGCAUGUCCGACGCAACAGAAAGAUUCUAAAAGACAAUAUCCUCGGCGUCACUUGCCCAGUCAUCAGACGCAUGGCCCGACGCGGCGGUGUAAAACGUAUUUCUGCGGGCAUAUACGACGAAGUUCGAACGGCCCUUCGCGACAGGCUCUCAAAGCUACUAAGUCUAUGUGUCAUCUACGCAGCGCAUGCGGACAGGAAAACCAUAAUGGUCGAUGAUGUUCUGCUUAGCUUGAAGAGGGUUGGACAAACUCUAUAUGGAUUUGAUCCCGAUGGACUAAGAAACGAACCGCGAUUAAAGCGUCGAGUUGGACAGGUGGCUGGCCAGCUACGCCUGGGGUAGUGGGGGAAACUCUGUUGGUUGUUGGGUCAUGACGGUGGGUUAUGGCACUGGAAAAUGCUCUUGUGAACGGGUUGGACGGAAUAUAUACAUUCUGAUUGAGAUUGAGUUGGGUAUAUAAUACGAAAAAAAAACGCUAUGCAUCGGUAUUCAUUACUUUUUCUUCCCCUUGAUGUCGUCGGGCUCCUCCAUAACAGCCCGCAAUGAUCUUGCGGCCCGUGCUUCAUCCCGCUUAAGUGCUCCCGACAUGAACUCUGGCAGCACCAUAGGACUAUGAAUAUGUUGGCGAGCAAACGUGAGUGUAGCAUCUUUGCCACAGCACUCGCGCGUGAUGGUGACGAUUGCUCGAAGCAGUUCUCUACCAACACCAGAGCCUCGAUGCUUUGGAGCAACCAGCCACGCGCAGAUGAACCCUCGUCCGUCCGGCGGGGCAUUGGCAUUGCGAACCUUGCGCUUACCAGCAGCAUGGGGCUCCAUGAUGAUGCGCAGCAGGGCGAUGCCGACGACGGUGCCUUGGAGGCGGACACCAACCAGCAAAUCGGUGUUGUUUGGCUUCUCUUUGAACCACGAGUUCAAGACAAGCUCGGCAUAUAAUGUGUACUUGUACGACUGUAUCCAAACGAAAAUGGCGUAGAUAAUCAAGAUUCCCACAGACGUGAGUUUCGCAGGGUGCGUGAUGGAUGUCGACGAAUCAAAGUACCGGUGCAGGUAGAUGAGCACAGCGCCAAUGGGCAGCACGGCUCGCGGAGCAGCGAAAAUGUAGCGGGCGGUCUUGUAUUGGAUCUCGGUGACGGACUCCUCCAGCAUCUUGUCUGCUAUUUCCUUUUUUUCCGGGGUAUUAAGCAGGUCGACGACGAGGGGAGCUGGGCCGUCGUCGUCCUCUUCAAUAAGCGUCGGGGGUAUCGUAGCCGCUGCGAGAGGAUUAUAAUCGCGGAUUUCGCCGCCAUAUUGGCGAUCUGUGUGUUCUUCGAAGACUAGGUUGGCGCGAAGGAAGCCGAUAAAAG